AUGUCAGAAAAACAGGACCGCAUAAACGAUGUCCUCGCCCAGCGCAUCACACAGCUGGAGGGCGAGCUUCGCACUGCUCAGCGUGACCUUUCCUCUGCGCAAGCCGAAAAGGAGCAUGCUGAGCAAGAAAAAAAAUUGCUGAAGGAUGAGGCAUUCGAGGUUGUGGAACAGUGGAGCGCAGAGAACACAGAGUUGCGUCGCAAGUUGACGGUGAUAGAAAAAGAAAGUGCUGCAGAUAAGGUGACACUCAGAAAUCGCGAUGAUAUGGUAGCGUGCUUAAAAGAAGAGCUAGAUGUCGCGCAGCGGCUUACAGCUCAGUACUCCACAGAGAUCGAUGACCAGCAGCAGAAGAACCGCAACCUGGAACAGCAAAACGCGCAGCUGAUCGAAAGCUUGGCUUCCGCUCGAAGCGAUCUCGCCUCGUCUGCCCAGCGUGUAGUGGACUACGAGCGCCUCGUCGCGAAAUUUCAGGUCGAGCUGAAGGCUGCGCUUGCCUCGCAAAAGAAAGAUACCGAAGUGCUUGAUCACCUGCGAUCAUCGCUUGCGCAGGCGACUGCAGAGAAUCAAGCUCUCCGUGACGCCGGCGAGAGUGUGUCCUCUAGCAUGGAGAGGCUGCUCGAGCACGUAGCCAGGCUCAAGGAAGAAAACGAGUCCCUUCGAAAGAACUGCGAUCAACUUCUCUCCGCAAAAGAUGAACUUGCGCGACAACUCCACCGCGACCACGAAGAGCGACGGCAGCUCUCUGAAGAAUUGGGGUCGCUUUCUGCGCGUGUAGCGGUCUCUGAGAACGAAGCACAGCAGCUCCGAGAAAAGUGCGAACGUACAGAGAAACAGUUUGCAGCGUCCGACUCUGCAUUGCGAGAGUCUCAGACUGCAGCAGAGCAGCAGCUACAGGUGAUUCAGACACUGGAAAGCGAUGUUACAGAGUUGAAGGACAGGGAAAUAACUAUGGGCAAGGUGCUGUGCGAUUUGCAGGCUGAGCUUCUGCGUCUAAAUCAACAGCUUGGUGAGACAUCACAGCAGAAGGAAGACCUCCAGACCGAGUUCGCUGCGGUCAAGGAGAGCUACGCAACAGCUCUGAUGGAAUUGGACAAUCUCAAGCAGACAAGCUCCAACGCCUUGGCUGCGAUGCAAGCCGAGUUUACAGCCUUUAAACGCGAUUCAACAGAAAGGUGCAUGCUUGCUGAGCAGAACUGUAGUUCGGCGUGGCUCUCCGUGCAGGAGCUGACUGACGCUCUACGCGCCCAACAGCUUUCGGAGCUUGCGCAGAGGGAGAAGAUUUCGCGUAGCUCGAUCCUUCUCUACCAGCAAGCAUCGAUUGGUGACGUCUUUGAGCAGCGUUUCCAUGCUGUACUGAUUCAGCUCUCUGAUUGCUUCCGGGCCCGUGAACAGGCCGAAGAGCGCAUUCGACAAAACGAAUUUAGCGCGGCAAAAACAGCAGAGCAGAUCAGUGCACUUUCAAACCGGUGCCGUACCAGUGAGCAGACAGUAAGCGAGCAACGCAAGGCGUUGUCGAUGCUCGAAAGCCAGCUCAGCCAGGGUGCAGCGCACCUCAAAGAGGUUGUACUGGAGCGUGACACCUUUGCCAAGGACAACGCUUGGUUGCGGGACCAGGUUGAGUCCAUGCGACAGGAGCUGGGGGAGCUUGACGAGCUGCUGAACUCAAAUCUCAACGAGAUGCGUGAAGAGAACGAACGACUUCAACUAGAGAACGAUUCGAUGCAACGCGAUAUCGCUGCAGCCAACCACAAAGAACAAGAAGCUGCUGUGCGGAUUACGGCGUUACAGGUAAGUGCCAGGGAUCUGGAAAACGAACUUCGCGCGCAAACAAAGACGUUGGAAAUUACGGAAGCCGAGUUGCAGGCACUCAAGGCACAAGUCGAGAAUUUAUCCACCUCCUUGGACUUUUCCAAAAGACGAUGUGAGGAAUUGGAAGUUGUCAACACAGAGGCUGAUAAAUCCAUCUCUGCCUUGAUGCUGCAGGCGGCACAACUGCAGGAACGCCUUGGCAGCCAGGAGUCCAAGUUUUCUUUAAUUUUGUCUGAAAAGCGAAAGGAGAGUGAGAGCUUGAAAGGAAAACUCAACGCAUACGUUGAGAAGUGCGAACAGUGCGAGCAGCUGCUUCACGUGGAGAUCAAAGCUAGAAAGGAAGUGGAAAGUGCGAGUGCAGCAACAAAGGAGCACAAUGGAAAGCUACGCAGCGCGCUGGACGAACUUAAAAUUAGAUGUGCAAGUGACGCCUCUAACCUCAAGGAGCUUCUGGUUGAACGAGACAAUCUUAUCCGUGAUCGCGACAUCAUUGUGGAAAAGUACAACAAGCUCCACGAUGCGUUCCGGAAUGUUCGCAGGGAAGCUCAUAGCAAAGUGGCGGACGAGCUCAAGCGGGUUAUGGAGCUGGCCAUGUCGCAAGAAAUGGAGCUGCAGACAUUGCGGAAGCAGAACUCGACGCUGAAGAAGAGUAUAUCAAUGUUUGUAGAAUCUGCCCAACCGAAGGCUGAAGCCGUUUUCAUGGAACGACUGAAUCUCACGGAAGGCCCUUUACGGCACCCCAAAAAGCGCAGCGUGGCAAGUACCGCUGAACAGCAAUGA